GUUACAAAGCAGGCAGCAGCACAUCUCUCCCUGGGAGUUACAUCACUGUGGGACCCACACUGACCUUGCACACACAGAACCUGAUCGGGACCUGGCUUUCUGUACAUGCACAGGACACAUCCAUAGAACCCAAUAUGCUGAAACUCAGAAUACUGACUUUGAUCACUCUUUGUCUCUGCAUCACAGACUCAGUACAUGCACAGCAACAGUGCACCAAUGGCUUUGAGAUGGACCGGUCAACGGGGCAGUGUUUAGAUGUGGACGAGUGUCGGAUUAUUCUGGAUGCCUGCAGGGGAGAUAUGAUGUGUGUAAAUCAAAAUGGAGGAUACCUAUGCAUUCCUCGCACCAACACCAUGUUUAGACCUAGUUUCCGUAACCCUUUUCUACCAGCUGCUGCGGCACCCCUUCCCCCUCCAAAUUUCCCAUCACCUCCCCGACCCCUUAUCUGUCGUUUUGGGUAUCAAAUAGAUGAAGACCAAUGUGUAGAUAUAGAUGAGUGCGCCAGUGAGACCCACCAGUGUAAUCCGACUCAGAUAUGUAUUAAUACAGAAGGAGGGUAUACCUGCUCCUGCACGGAAGGGUACUGGCUACUGGAGGGCCAGUGUUUAGACAUAGAUGAAUGUCGGUAUGGAUACUGCCAACAACUCUGUGCCAAUGUACCGGGAUCAUAUUCCUGCACAUGUAACCCGGGCUUUAUCCUAAACACUGAUGGGAGGUCCUGCCAAGAUGUAGAUGAAUGUAUCACUGAUAACCCAUGUGUACAGACAUGCAUGAACACAUAUGGAUCUUAUCUGUGCCGAUGUGAAGCAGGGUAUGAGUUAGAUGAAGAUGGAGUCAACUGCAGUGAUAUGGACGAAUGCAGUGUUUCAGAAUUCCUGUGCCAGCAUGAUUGUGUCAAUGAGCCAGGUUCCUACUACUGCCGCUGCCCAGAAGGCUACGUCUUGCUUGAUGAUAGCAGAACCUGCCAAGAUAUUGAUGAAUGCGACACAGGGAACAAUACCUGCACCCUGCAACAGUUGUGCUUCAAUAUCCCUGGAAGCUACAGGUGUCUUGAUACAGUGCGAUGUGAAGACCCCUAUAUCCAGAUCAAUGAUAAUCGGUGCAUGUGCCCUGUGGAGAACACAGCCUGCAGGGACCAGCCUUUUACCAUUGUUCAUAGACACAUGGACCUGUUGUCUACCCGCAGUGUUCCCACAGACAUCUUCCAAAUGCAGGCCACCACCCGCUUUCCUGGAGCCUACUACAUUUUUCAGAUUAAGUCAGGGAAUGAAGGCAGAGAGUUCUAUAUGAGGCAAACAGGGCCCAUCAGUGCCACACUGGUUUUGACAAGACCAAUAACUGGCCCCCGAGACUUGGUGCUUGACCUGGAAAUGGUGACUGUGAACACUGUUGUCAGCUUCCGAGGCAGCUCUGUCAUCCGACUAAGAAUAUUUGUGUCUCAGUACUUAUUCUGAGCCCUGGCUUUAGUGUUGUGUCCUUUGCUGAUGUCCCUUCCCUCUCAGAAAAUGUGACAGCUUCAGUCUGCAUCGACCUGGCUCUUUACACCCUCCUCUUGAGCCUUCUUCCAUAUUUUGGAAAAAACACCUUUAUUUGUUGAUGAGUUCUUCUAAAUGUUUUUGUCCUGAGAUAUUGGUCACUAUUCCUACAAACCUGUGUAAAUAUAAGCAGGCACCCUAGUUUUUGGUGAUGCAGUCUUUGUAGAGUCUAGAAUGUUGUAUACCUUGCAGUAUGAAACAUGUCCACUAUAUGGAAUCAUACCCUACCAAGUGCCCUAGAAUAAAAACACUGGUGAGGGUCUUAUUUGCUCUUAGCUAUUCUAUUGAAAGGCAACAACAAACCAGACCAGUACACACCACAAUUUUCUGCAAACAAUAAUUCCUCUUUAUUGUUCAUUAGAAGCGAUAAACAUAAAAGUAGAAACUAAUGUUACCUACUACAUACAUAAACUUUACAAUAUGUAAAAGUGUAUGGGUUCCACAUAAGGUGCCAAUACAGCAGCAAUAAUCCAGCUUUUAUACAAUUUUAUUAUUUUCCUUCCUGUGUAGGUUUAUAUCACUGGGUUUUAAAUGACCUUUUCUUAGCGACUGCAAUUUGCAGAAAAUGUAACCUAUCCUUAGAACCCUGCCUUUUUCCUGAAUAACUAGCUUCAUGGGCAGUAUGCAAGGCCACAUUCCCUGGUGCAUAAUCCCCCUCUAUCUACCUUCAUCUGUCAACUCAUGCAUCUGUGAUUGUGUUUUUAAACCACCCCCUUCACAUUUUUACUUUUGUUUUAAAAGAUCAUUGUUAUUUGAGGGUACUGUAAUACCAGAAACAACAUUUGCUCCAUGCCAAGUAAUAAUACAUAGCAACAGAUGUAUUCUUCCAAUGGGUUUCAAGAACUAUGGCAAAUUUCAUGGCAGUACCAACAUCUUUUUUCCAUAAGGUCCCCUAGGUUUCUGGGGCUCUGGUGUACUCAUAACCCCCUGCAGUUAUGUCUUUGGCUGGGUCAUUUGACCAUACACAUUCGGCUGAUGUUCUUAUCUCACCCUACAUAGUCUUUGGAUAUUCUAGCUUUGUCUUACUAUACAUACACAUUCACUGAUUUUAGUUGGCAGAUUUUAUUACAUUGUCCAUUCUUAAACUUUUAUGUAUGUAGAGGUAUGAUCUUUCUUGGUAAAAGCUCUAUCUUUAAUUAACAAAAAUGUAUAAAAGAAAAAUGAAGAAAUGAAGAAAUUAUAAGUGAUUGAUUGGCUAGCCCAGAAAAUUGAUUGGCGGACCAUAGAAUUCAAAUAGUGUUUGCUUAUUGAUUCAGUAUUUGUUGCAAUACAGUUUCACCCUACAUGCGGUUAACAGUGAUAUUCCAAAUGUUAUAGGGUGACAUCCAUAAUGAAAAGAUCACAAAAUGCAGGUUAAAAAGAUUUUAGAACUCAUUCUGAUCUCUAGGCUCAGGACUCAUUAUGAUCACUAGGCUCAGAGCUAGGCACAGAAGUGUUCCCGUUAGAAGGGCAUCUACAACUUGAAUGUGACUACUCAAGCUUAUUUAUCCUACUAUUGGUGUAGCACACUCCAGUGUAACGGAGCCUUGUACCUACAACAUGCUCUGUACUGACUAAAAGAACAUGGCUGUCUGUGCUUAUUACACCUAUACGCACUCAUUUUUGUGCCAGAUGAAUCACACACACUGUAAGGAUGUGUAAGUGCAUGCUCAUGUCCCUUCGGCCUGCUGCUUUUGCCCUUUCAACCUGGCAUUUUUCUGACUUACCAUUCUAUAGGCUAAACUGUUGGCUAUUAUGCAAUUUGCCCAUGUAUGCAGAUGGUCAAAUAGCAUUUUUUAAUUUGUUUGGGCCAAUUGCCUAAACGGGAGAAUGUGAACAAAGAAGAGGAGGAGGAGUCUGCCAAUCUUGCUUGCUAGUAAAGACCUUUUGGAGCUUCAGAUAUGCCUGAAACUGAUGCUACCAGUACAUAGCCUAAAUCUGCAAACUUAAGACAUUGCAUAUCUUGGUGCAUUAGUAAAGGUAAAUCAUUCCAAAGGGAACUUGCCCUAUUUCCAUGAAACUGCCACAGAUUUACAACAAUACAAGUAUCAUAUGCUGACAGUACAUAAUGUUAAGAACAAUGUGUACUCUUAAUACAGCAUUGCCAACAUCAGCAGCUAUACUAUACCUGAGGAGCAUCAGUCUGCCAGAGUGACAACUACUUUACCAGCAGAAAUGAACACAUACGUAUCUGUGUAUGUACUUUAAUUUAAGAGCAAGAUGUAUUUUUGCGUAUAUUUUUGCUUCACAUACAUACAUAGUUGUUUUGUUGUUUAGAAAGAGAACAAAUUGAUGUUUAAAUGUUAUGAAGUUUUUGGCAGGAGUUUCAUUAAAAAUUAACUUUUGAUUAUUUCUAAACUGCUUUUUGCUUUAACUGCAGCUUUAUGUUGGCCAGAGGUGUUUUUGUGCAACAAGCUGAGCAAAUAAAAAGUUUUUUUUAAGA